UAUGGAAUAAUUUAGAAUUUUAGAAUUUAGAAUCUUUUAGUCUUUGAUCUGUCUAUAAUUUGUAUUUAAAUGUAAAUACAAAUCUUAAUGUAAAUAUAGAUGUUAUAUUUUAAUAAACCAUUUGGUUGUCAACAUUAAACAGUCCUUUUUGUUUUUGUUUUUUUUCCAGGGUGGGUGGGUGUCCCUACCAAUAUUGAGACAAAACCUACGCCCUUGGUGUGAACCCUGAAUAAUCAACACUGUAGUUGUGUGUUGGAUAAAUUAUGACGGUCACGUUACUGUUAAAUCUUUUUCAGUCUCAAUAAUUCCGGGGUUUAUUUUCAUGGAGUUGAGCAGUGAGUUUUAAAUAAUUUCUGGGAGAUUAAUUUGAGAACAAGGCAGUUCUAAUGGAGAGACGCACAGGAGAGGGUACUCAUGCUCAGUGGGUGUUGUCUGAGCUCAACCACCAGAGGGAGCUUGGAAAGUUCUGCGACGUGAUGCUCAACACUCAGAGCGGUCAGAUGUUCCUGGCCCACCGCAGCAUCCUCGCUUGCUUCAGCCAAAUGUUCAAGGACUUACAUUCCUCCACAUCGUAUACACAGAUCAACCUUCCACAAGAGUGUACUGUCGAUGGCCUCGAGCCGCUGCUGCAUUUCUUCUACACUGGCGAACUCCAGCUAAACAGCGAUAACGAGGCGAAGGUUCGACGUGCUGCGAACGGCCUGUCUGUUCCCGAUAGGUUCAUUCCUGCACAGGGUUCAGUCUGUAGUGAAGACGUCGAAGGGAAGCCCCUUUUCCCCUCGUUGACCGAGGACACCAAACCUGACUUGACUGCGAUACCACAAUCAGCAUCUCAACAGGAGGCGAAAAGCAAUGGAGAAACCUCAGCGAGGCCAGAAGCAGCAGUUGCGGAGCUUGAUGAGUCUCCCAGCACCAGCUCAGCCACGGUGACUCGCUCUGGCAGGAGGGUGAGGGGUCCAAGCAGGCUUUCCAGAGAGAAUGCUGUUCCUGUAGACCCAAAACCAAGUGCAAAGAGAAAAAGAGCUGCAGCUCUCGAGGCCAAAGAUGAGGACAUCAUCCUUACUGAUGGAGAACAGACCAGUUACCAAAUGCCAAUUGAGGCUGAAGACGGACCUGGUGAUAAUCUGAACGAUGCUGCCGAUGAAGACGAUGAGGACAGCGUGGGGGUUUUUACAGAGGACACGGACGAAGAGUACAUGCCUCGCGAUUCGCCCGUCACAUCUCAUAAAGGUCCACAAAGGAAGUGUAAACCGAAAGGAAGUUCUGGCGGUAAAGAAAACGGAGGCAGCUCUUCGAAAGAUACACACAAGGGUUCUGUUCAGUGUCCUACGUGUCACAAAACAUUCCUCAGCAAAUACUACCUGAAAGUGCACAACAGGCGGCACACGGGGGAGAAGCCGUUCAAGUGUGGAAAAUGCGGGAAAUGCUAUUAUAGGAAAGAGAAUUUGCAGGAGCACGAGGCCAGGAACUGCCUCAGCAGGACUGAUAUGAUGUUUUUCUGUUCCACGUGUCCGAUGAGCUUUAAGAGGAGACAGGAGCUGCGUAUGCACACAGUCACACACACGGGCGAGAUGCCCAAUAAGUGCACUUCAUGCUCGGAGCAGUUCAUGCAGAAGAAAGAGCUCCGAAACCAUAUGAUCAAAGUGCAUGGAGCUCCUAAACCACAUGCAUGCCGUCUGUGCCCCAAAUGCUUCCUGUCAAGUACCGAGCUGCGCCUACACGAAGCUGCCAAGCACCGGGGGGAGAAGCUGUUUGUGUGCGAGGAGUGCGGCCAUCGAGCAUCCAGCCGCAACGGCCUACAGAUGCACAUCAAAGCCAUUCACAGGAAGGAGCGUCCGUUCGUGUGCGAGAUCUGCAAUCAUGCCUUUACUCAGAAGGUCAAUCUGAACAUGCACCGACGCACACACACGGGAGAGAAACCGUAUCAGUGCCACCUCUGCGGCAAGACCUUUCGCACUCAGGCGAGCCUGGACAAGCAUAACCGAACACACACGGGUGAGCGGCCAUACAGCUGCGAGUUCUGCGAGCAACGGUUCACUGAGAAAGGACCUCUGCAGCGCCACGUAGCCAGCAAACACCAAGAGGGACAGCCACACUCCUGCCAAAUCUGCAACAAGUCCUUCAAAGCUAUCGAGCAGCUUCGCGUACACGUGCGGAGACACAAAGGCAUGAGGAAUUUCGAGUGCACCGAGUGUGGCUACAAGUUCACCAGACAGUGUGUGAACGGGUGGGCGAUUGGGCCGUGCAAAGGGGUCGGCUUCACGUCCAAGGUGUCCCCUGCCUUGUGCCCAGAGACCCCUGGGAUAGGCUCCAGGCUCCCCAUGACCCUGUGUUGGAUAAGCGGCUCACUUGCGGCGGCACUUGCAGAUCCACAACCGUGUGGAGAACUACAACCCACGCCAGAGGAAACUGCGCAACCUCAUAGUGGUGGAAGCUCCUGCAGCAGGACAGGACCAGGCAGACGAAGCAGAAAGCGUGGCGCAACCAGACUCUGGCAGCAUGAAGGAUGCCGAGCAGGAAAGCUUCGGCAUGGAUGACGUGAUGGAGGUGCUGGUGACGGACACGUUUCCCAUUCAGUCAGAUAUGGUGGUGGAGCUGCAGGGUGACGGGAAAGCUUGAAGGAGAACAGAAGAGCAAGGUGCUGAAAGGUGCAACGCCAAGACCAGUUUUGUUCAUUUCUGAGGAUGGGCACAAGCUAAACGAACACAGGAUACAUACAAAGCAUCUUUGAUUCAGCUUUUCCAAGAUACAAACAAUAUAUUUAUUGUGGUGUAGGUUCCAGCUAUGCUCCUACACUACUUUCGUCUAAUUAUAAAGGCUCUCGGAGAUGAGUCAGGACUAGAAUGAAGGAUUUAGAGCAUAAAUAUGCCUUUAUAUUCCACAGAUAUAGCAUUGGAUGCAUUUUCACAAAAUCAUUACAAUAUUCAAAUUGGAUAUGUGUGUGGCGGCCUGGGAAAACCCCCUCACGUGGUAAAAUUUGCGUCAAGACAUCUUUAGACAGACUUUUUGUUUUGUUUGUUAAACUGACUCCUUACACAACAUGAUUUUUGAUUUUUUCAGUCAGUAAAAAAAAAAAAAAAAAAAAAAAA